GUCGAUGAAAAUGGCAAAAUUUCCCGUCUGCGCAAAGAAUGCUCAUCGCCGACCUGUGGUGGAGGCGUUUUCAUGGCCAGUCAUCAGAAUCGAUAUUACUGUGGCAAAUGUUAUCAGACAUUGGUGAUGCAGGAUCCGAAGGAAAAAAUCGCGGGAAAGAGCAAAUGA